AUGGUGCAACCAGCUCUCAAAAAGACUCAAAUCUAUAUGUUGACAAGUGAUAAGAGACGUGUUGAAUUUCGUGUUUGGCUCGUGCGAAUAAUUGCAGCUUUCGAACGUUUCGUUGCUGGUCAAGAAAAAGACAUUUGGUCGAAGACUGCGCAUUAUUCUGCAGAAGAAGAACGCGGCUUAUCUUUGUUUUGGAGUAGUCAGGUUUUUCUAGAUGUGACAAUCGGAGGUGAAAAAGCUGGUCGCAUCGUUAUCGGAUUGUUUGGUCAAGUAGUUCCAAAAACUGUGAGAAAUUUCGUUGCCUUAGCAACUCAUGAGAAAGGAUUUGGUUUCAAAGGGAGUAUUUUCCAUCGAGUGGUUAAAAACUUUCUUAUUCAAGGUGGAGAUAUCUUGCGUGGUGAUGGAAGAGGGCGAAUAAGUGUAUAUGGUGAAAUAUUUGAUGACGAGAAUUUCAAGCUUCAUCACUAUGGUGCUGGCUGGAUAAAUAUGGCAAAUUUUGGAAAAGAUUCAAAUGGCUCUAUGUUUGCUAUAUUCACAGUUAACACUCCCUGGCUAAACGAUCGUCAUGUUGUGUUUGGAAUCGUUCUUCAGGGAAUGGAUGUGGUGAAAAAAGUCGAAAACAUGGAAGUUGGUUUUGAAGACAAACCUCUGACGGAAUGUGCCAUUGCAGACAGUGGAGUUUUGCCACUAGAUAAACCAUUCCGUGUGGAAAGGAGACCAGUCGAGUUCUAAAUGCAAAAUUCUGCUUAAAGAUUAAAGCUUUGUAAAAAAAUAUGGGCAACUUUAUUUCAAAAGUACAUUGCAAUCAAUUGCAUUUUAUGUUGUGUAUAAAAUUAGUUGUUUUCUGGUUUUAUUUACCGCUCAAAUUUAAAUAUACCCGCUCACAUGCGUUUUAUUUUUAAGAGUUUGAUGGCCACCUUAGCAUUUGGGAAAAGCACAUAUGACUUGCUAAAAUUCAAAGGCAUUGCUAAAGAUUUUGAUUUUAUUUAGUUUUAUCAGUUAUUGGUUCCUGUUAUAAUCCGUCCGAUGUCAUCUAAUAAUUCUCUGAUCUGUGAAGAAAAAAAGCUAGCCACAAUUUUUCAAUACAAAUAAUUAUGUAUUAGCUACAUUUGAGCAUGUUGUAUAUUCAUAAUAUUAGAAAUUAAGACUCUGUAAAAUAUAGGUUUUUCAGUUGAUCUUAGCAGUUGACGAAUCAUAAAAGAUGCUGUGAGUUUUUAAAUAAAGAGUAUUGCAGCAUA